AUUUGUUCAUGAUACUCUCUCUGUCUUACUAAUCCCCACUAGCUUUACAAUUAUCAAUACAUAAAUAGCGUACUUUUUUAACAGAGUAAAAAACAGAGCAAAGUAAAAGCAGCCUAAUUUAUCCCAUAAAACCCCCAUCAAACCCACAACCUCCUUUUGUCCUCUCAACCAUAACCAGAAGGUGCAUUACCAUUCCAUAUCCACCUUUACUCUUCCUCUUUCAUAGAGAGACACUAAACCCAUGUCACCAAAUCGUCCUUUCCUUGUUUUUCUCUCACUUUCCUACAUUUUCUCACCGGUUUUCUCGUCCCUACCCGACCCGCAUCCGGUCCCGGCGACGAUCCAGCCAUUUCUACCAAAUUCAUCACCAUCCGCCACAAUCCCAGCAUUCCCGGAGCAAUCAAACAUCGCCGGAUGUCCUCUAGACCUCUCGGACGAGCUCUUCCACUCCAUAAAAGGUGCGUGUGGCACCAAUGGCGGCAAAACCCACCUCAAACACAACCGUUGCUGCCCGGUUCUGGCGGCGUGGCUGUACUCAGCCUACUCUGCCACCGCACUCGGCGGGGCUGCCAGAGUUGGCCCGGCAAUUUCGGGUCAAACCCAAUCUUACGACAUGCCUCUGCUUCCGGAUGAUUCUGAGACUUGUGUGGAUAAUUUGGGGAAGGCAUUGAUGGAUAAAGGUAUUGACUUGGUUAGGCCUAAUGAGACUUGUGAUUUGGUGUCUUGUUAUUGUGGAAUCAGAUUGCACCCAUUGAGUUGUCCAGAAGCUUUUUCUGUAAAUCAGAGAGGAAAAAUUGUUGGGGACAAGAGUGUGAUGAGGUUGGAGAGAGAUUGCUUGAGUAGCAGUUCCAAUGUUGAUGAAUUGCCAGGUCUUGGUGGCUGUUCUAGGUGCUUGAACAGCCUUUACAAGCUUAACAGCAACAAUACUUCAAACUCAAGCAAAUUGGAGGACAGGACCACCAAGAUACAGAACAAAGACUGCCAACUCAUGGGUCUCACUUGGCUCCUCUCGGAGAAUCGAACGGCUUAUAUUAACACUGUUUCUACAGUUUUACGCGCGAUUAUGAUGAGCACCGAUGGAUCCAAUCCUCAGUCCUGCACUCUAGACAGCGAUGGAUUGCCCUUGGCUGUCGAUUCCUCUGAAUUCUCUGGUCGCUCAUCUUCGACAAAGACCAUCCGUCGCAGCUCUGUUUUACUCUCCAUUGUCUCACUAUACUUGUCAUAUAUGUGCUCCAUUGUAUCAUCACCAUCCUGUUUUGUAUCGUUGUUUCAUUGAUUAGGGUUUGUGGAUAAAGCCGAUAAGGUGUUGUGAAUGUGCAUGAGGUGGGUCUCCAUAGCAUGUGCCAUAGAGAGAAUGUUUUGUCUUAGCUUGUUGGAUGGCAUUGUGUAUUGGAGAGACCUCCAUGACAGUUGUGUUGUCACGAGAACAUUAUUGGAAUGUCAGCGUCUCAAGACAAUUUGAUAUUUA